AAAUUCACCAGUUUCUAGUUUUUGUUAAGGCAAAAAUGACCAUGAAAUAUGUUGAUGAUGUAUCCAAAUUUUUUUUAUAACAUUUGCAUUUCCUUCCACUGAAUUACAUUGUAGAGAAGUUCUGUCUCCAUAAAGGGAAGGCUAAAAAUGUCCUGUUACGUCUGCAGCAUAAUUUAGGAGCACAUCCUCAUGAGCCAGUUAUCAGAACUUGCCAGCCACCAGACUACAGGAUGGAGACGACCACCUCAACUGUGUUCACCACCAAUACUUCCACUUCAGGACAUCUUCUUUCUUCUUCUUGGGACAUCACAGGUUUAACUCGUGCUGCGUUGCUAAGUUUGAGCUUUCUGCUGGGAUUCUCUGGAAACAUUGCGGUGAUCCUGCUCAAGCCGAACAUCCAGACUCUGUCCCCUUUGAGCCAGAGUCUGAUGCUGAAUCUAGCCGUGUCGGACCUUCUCUGUGUGCUGACUCUUCCGUUCUGGAUUUAUGAUCUACUCAUCAGUUGGACCCUCGGGCUUGUGGCCUGUAAACUUCUAACAUGCCUGUUGUUCCUAAGUUUUUUCUGCAGUCUGUUGACCGUGACUUUGCUAAGUGUCCAGCGCUAUCUGGUUGUUGUGAAACAGCAACAUACCUUAAAUCACUUUGGAGCAAAGCGUCUUCUGGUUCUGCUGUGGAUAGCUUCACUCGUUGCUUCCAUCCCUAGUGGCAUUUCUCACAACCUGAUAGAGAAGGAGAAUAUGACUUAUUGCACUCUCCAGUUCUCCUCUGAAGCUCUAGUAAUUUUUGUGCUGAUAGAAGAAAUCAUAGUGGGAUUUGUGACAAUAUUCAUUUUAGCUUUUUCUUAUAUUAGCCUUUAUAGGAAGUUGAAGCGAGCUGCAUUUUUCCACAAUUGUCAAACAACCAGACUGGUUUCCAGCAUCACUGCGAGCUUCUUUGUCUUGAACUUUCCCUACCAUGUCAUCAAUGUACUGACUGUAACUGCAGUUUCUCUCCAUAUUGAGGGCCUCAUGGAGUUUUGCAGGAGCUCACGGUACAUUUUUGGAGCAAUUCUCCUUUUUAACAUCAGCUUGAAUCCUCUCCUGUAUGCAUUUACAUCCUGUAAUUUUUGGAAGUGUUCAGAAAAACUAAACUGCUGGGCGAGAAAUUCUGGUGUUUCCUAAAGUCCAAGUAAUAAUACCAUCACUAAUGCUGUGUAGUGAUGUUCAUGACGACGGCACAGCCCUGAAAGUUCUUUUGCCACCAAAAUAAUGUUUCUUUGUUAUAUUUUUUUGGUUGCUUUGGGGACAGCUGUGUAAAACUGUUUUUUUUUUUGUAUUUUUUUGUGUAAGUAUGCGGUAGUCGAGAAUAAGAAAAAUCCUGUUUUAAUUUUUUUAUUGGUUCAUUUUUGUAAACAAACUCUUACUCAAAAAUUUCCUGAUCUCACACUUGCACAGUGUGUUUCCUUAAACUUCUAUGCAUGUAAAUGACAAAUUGCUUCCUUCAGAGCCAGGGGAAAAGGAAACAACCCAUCAGACGAGGUCGACACCGCAAUCAAUACCUCCCCAGCUCACUUAUCCAACCGGUUCUCCAUUCUGCCGAACAAAGACGCGACUCCAGAGGCCAGCGAAAAAGUUUUCACUAACCGCAGAAUUUAACUUCCCGUCGAGCUGAACGUGGAACUCACCUGUAAUCCUCCUGUUCUGAACCUGAUCUCCUCCCAAGCUGAACCUGGAUCUCGCCAGUUUUCCUCCUACAGUUCUCAGUUUAAACUUCAACUACAACUUUGUGUCUCCACUGCCUGUACUGGUCAGAAGGAUCCAGGGGUCUCCUCAGCUCUCCACCAUUUUCCUCUUAAUUGUUCCAGCUGAGUCUGUUUCACUCUGGGGUUCUGCCUUAGUCCUCACACCAACAGCCUUGAUCAUCAGGGACUGUAUUACCAGGAAUAUACGUUUUUCAAUGGAGUUACCAGAUGCUUCCCUGGAGCCAAGGUAGUGGAUAUUCUUCAGAAACUCCCGGACUUUUUGGUUUUCCUUCCAUCUACCAUCACCAUGAUUAUUGUUCAUGUUGGUACCAAUGACACAACACUGCAGCAGUCAGAGGUAACAACAUUGGAUUUUCCAGACCUCGUUUUCUUUUUAAAUAAUAUUGGGAAAACUGUUUUCAUUUCUGGACCCAUCCCCACACUGUCCAGAGAAUCCACUAGAUUCACCUUGAUCAUCUCCCUGAAUACCUGGCUGCUGUCUACUUCCUGCAAGUUCAGGUUUGGUUUUAUUGGUCUUUUUUGGAACCGCCCUAUUUUUAUCAACAUGAUGGUCUUUACCCCAGUGCCUUUGGAACCGAUAUUUUAACUGCAAAUAUUCAAAACACUGUGCAUUGCUUUAAAGAUGAUUGACUAUCAAAUAUGAAUACUGCCCUGGAACCAGCACCUGCAGAAUUUUAGAUCACAAUCUCUAUGGCCUGUUUUUAACAGAGACGAGGAACUCUGGUGCACCAAUCUCACUGUCAGAGGCAACACCACCACUUUUCACUUCACAAAUAGGGACAGAAAACAAGGCAGAGGUGGUGGGACUGCUGCAAUUUUAUCUGCUGGUAUUGGUUUUAAAGGAACCGUGUUUAAUGAAUGUCUUUGUUUUAAAUAUCAGGCCAUUGUUUUUAAUAAUCCUGUCAUGUUGUGUUUAAUAGUGUACAGAACCCCAAAGUAUAAUUCAUCUUUAUAUAUGAUUUCUCAGAACUCCUUUAGUCAGUUUUAAUGAAUUUUAGGAAAAUAAUGGUUUGAGGUGAUUUUAACAUUCAUGUCCACAAUGCAUCAGAAAUGUAUAUUUUUAACAUUUUUACAUCUAUGGAUUUUAUCCAGCAUGUGUACGAGCCCACUCACAAAUAGAGGUCACACUCUGGAUCUCAU